AUGGAGGUGACUGAUUUCAUCUUCAAGGAGAGGGAGGAGGUUCUCCUCGUAGGAGAUUACAAUGCCUACCGGGCGCAUACUACCAGAAAAUUGCACAAACUCCGCAAGAAGCUUGGACAGACCACCGCGAAGGGUCGCAAGUAUACUGCCAAGCCAGCUGUGACUGCUGAGAAUGUUGGAAGCAAUGUCUCAUAUGUACACCUUUUGCUUCUCGGUUCCGAACGGGCUUGGGCGCAAGCCAUGCAUAUGAAGUCGACACACUCCGCAGAUCCCUCGGCCAAGGGUAUCUCAGGCGCCGCUAGACGUCACAUUAUCUCUCGGUUGAACAAGGCAACUGGAUAUGCGCAGCAUCUGGUCACGCUGCUCCACGAACAAUCGGUUUCCGGAGCGAGUGAUAUCGACAUCCUAGAGACUCGCGCCUAUCUUGCCAUGAUCUCUGGGUCUCUUUGGCUGGAAAAGCGCAAGUGGGAGCAGUGUCUCCGUGACUUUUCUAUUGCCAGAGUGAUUUACACGGCUCUGGGCCAGAGGGUCAAGAAGGACGCUUUCCGGGAUCUGCUCUCAGGAACUGUUGACCCGAGCAUGCGAUACGCCGCUUAUCAGAUGAAACUCCCUCGCUCCAAACCUACAUCAUCCCUGUCCAUUGAAUUCUUCCCGUCGGAUUCGGAGAUCCGCGCUGAGGUGGAGAAGAUUGCCCCUUCUUGCCUUGCCGAGGAAGCAGCUGGAACCCGACGCACUGCAGAGGGAGAAAUACAGGAUCUUCCCCAAUCUGUGACCUGGAGGUCACGAACCGUUCCUCUUGAGGAUGCUUCAAUUUCCCAGUCGCUAGCCGCUGCUUCAGCGGCAGAGGCUCGCCUGACAAGUUGGCUGGCAGACGCAGGAAAGUCUGCUACUGACAAGGAGAAGGCUGCUGCAUAUGAUAACGUUAUUAUUGCAAGCCAAGAUGCUGUUGACGCUACAAAAACUGCCAUUGAUGACCUGGCUAAUGAGGGUGUUGAUCCCAGCGACAAGAGAAUGCAAGCCCUGCAGAUCACCCGAACUGCAGUUAAUUACACUCUGGUUGGAUGGCGAGUGGGACGCAACCGGGUCUUGUGUGGCCACCAGGACGGUUUGUCAUUCGAAGAACCUAUAGCUGGAAAGGAAACCAAGCAUACUGCUAGAAAUGGAAAGAAGUUGAACAAGUUGCGUGAACGUGUUGUUCUAUACGACUCCACACUUCAAAGUUUGGACUUCAUCCUCGAACUUCCCGGUGUUGCGGCCGAUUCAGCCUUUGUGAAGGACCUGGAGACAAAGCGACACUACUUCCGUGCUCUCAGAUGCCUUGCUCUGGCAAGAUCUCACGGGGUUCUUGGCAAAUCUAAGGAGGCUCUUGCACUUUUGUCUCAGGCCUUGAACCUCGCCGGUUUUGCUAUCCCCCAGUCCACUGAUCUUGAGGGUCCCCCGAAACUCGACGUCUCCCGGGCGCAAUCUGGUGCCCUUGAAUCGACUUUGCGGGAAAUGGUUGCUCAGUACCGGGGACUGGUUACUCUAGAGCAACUCCUUGCUGAACAGGCAUCACAGUCUAGUCAGCGUCCUGUGGUGGAACGUCUGCAACAGUUCUCCGCCUCUGGAGUGGAUCUCAAGAACCUGGUGCCCUACCCACCUCAGAUGCAGCCUAUUCCUGUGAAGCCGCUAUUCCUCGAUGUGGCAUGGAACUACAUUGACUACCCGCGUGAGGGUCAGCAACAGGCGGUCCCAGCUCAGAAUGCACCCGCAGCUGCCCCCGAAGAAGAGAACCAGGGUCGUCGUGGAUGGUUUGGAUUUGGCCGUUCAUAG